AUGUCUAAUUUAGUGGGAACCUUUGUGGCAGGGUUAAAGUCCCGAAUUGUAGAUGUACAAAUUAAGACCGCUCGCGACCUUUAUCGCUAUGCUAAGACGGAGUUACGAGAAGUUCCACAAGAGGAGCUUACUCAGUUCCUCGAUGAGUUCAAUCAUCAAAUAUUUGAAAUGGUCUCAAGUAACGAUGUUCAUGAGAAGAAAGGUGGAGUUCUAGCCAUAGUUUGUCUCAUCGGUGGCGAUUGUGAUACAACUAAGACUCGUAUUACAAGAUUUGCCAACUACCUUCGCAACCUUUUACCGUCAUCCGAUGUUGGUGUGAUGGAACUAGCGGCCAAAACUGUUGGUCGAUUGGCAACUGUGUCUGGAGUAAAACGAGCUGAAUAUGUAGAAUUCGAAGUUAAAAGAGCAUUCGAGUGGCUAUCUGAAGAACGUAAUGAAGGGCGAAGACACUCAGCAGUUUUGUUACUCAAAGAAAUGGCUAUAGCUAUGCCAACAUAUUUCUACCAACAAGUAUCUGGGUUCUUUGAUCAUAUUUUAGUUGCUCUUAAGGACCCAAAACAGCAAAUUCGUGAAGCUGCAGCUAAAGCAUUAAGAGCUGGCUUAGUUGUAACAGCUCAGCGAGAAACAGCAAAACAAUCUACUGCUAAACCACAAUGGUAUAUGCAGUGUUACGAAGAUGCUGUGUUAACAUUUGAAGAUAUUCCAAUGAAAGAAAAGGGAAUGAGUAAAGAGGAUAGAAUCCAAGGAGGUAUACUCAUCUUAAAUGAGUUACUCAGAUGCUCAAAUGCGGUGUGGGAAAAAAAAUAUAGUCAUCUAAUGCAGAGUCUCAAUCCACAAAAAGAUAUAACAUUAUCUGAAGAUAUAAUUUUUAUAAGUAUGAAACUGCAUAGUCCAUCAGUGAAGAGAGGAUACCUUUGUGAUGGUUACAAGACAGAAAAUGUAACAUACCCAGUUCCUAUUUAUGAAUCGGAAGUCUGCCGCAAUCUACUGACUACACAUUUUGAAAAGAUUUGUAAAGAUGUUAUGUCCCAGCGACUUCUCAAAACACAAGGAAUACCACAAGUUCUUCUCAUUAUUAUUCCAAGGCUUGCUGCUUUUAAUAAAGAUUACUUCUUAAAGAAAUACCUUAGUUCCACAAUGAAUUACUUACUUUCAUGUGUCCAUCGAAGUAGAGAGAGGGAUAGAAAUAUGGCCUUCAUAACAUUAGGCCUAAUGGCUGCAGCUAUUGAAAAUGACAUCAAAAGUUAUAUCCCUAGUAUACUGGAUGCCAUCAAACAAGCUUUGCCCAUAAGAGACUCGCAAACAAAGAAGAGAGUUGGCAUUGAUCACUCAAUCUUCGUUUGUAUUACAUUACUAGCAAGUGCUGUUGAACACCUUGUAGUCAACGAUAUUAAAGAAAUACUUGAUGCCAUGUUUGCUACAGGUCUCAGUGCAUCCUUAACAACUUGUCUAAGAGAACUAAGCUGUUACUUACCCUCUCUAAAAGAAGAAAUAACAGAAGGCUUACUAAAUAUGCUUUCUUUGGUGCUAAGAAAUAAACCUUUCUUACACCCUGGAGUACCAAGAAGUUUGGAACAGCAAAUGAGUAACAUGAGUCUAGCCAUUGAACCACAAGAUACAGCUAGUAUUGUGCUUGCACUGCGAACUCUAGGGACGUUCAAUUUUGAAGGGCAACACAGCUUACUAACGUUCGUUAGACGUUGCACUGACCACUUCUUGCAAAGUGACCAACAAGAAGUUCGAUUAGAAGCAGUAAAAACAGCUGCCAAGCUGUUAGCUGAUGCUAUUACCAGAACUAUAAAAACACCUUCAAGGACUCUUACUGUUUUGACUGCAGAAGUAGUUGGAAAGCUUUUAGUGGUAACAGUUACCGAUCCAGAUUACGAAGUUCGUUAUUGGGUUCUGAAAUCCUUGAAUAAUAUUUUCGACAUACAUUUGGCUCAAAUUGAGAACCUGGGUUUUCUCUUCAUGGCCAUGAACGAUGAGCAUGUGGCUAUCAGAGAAUUGGCCAUAUGUACUGUUGGUCGAUUGAGUGUCGUCAAUCCAGCCUAUGUCAUGCCUGGGCUAAGAAAAACUUUGAUACAGUUUUUGACAGAGUUGGAACAUUCAGGAAUGAGUAGGAAUAAAGAACAAGCUGCACGAAUGUUGAAUAAUCUUAUACUCCAUGCUCCGAAGCUUGUUAAACCUUAUAUGGAAACAAUACUCAAUGUUCUAGUACCAAAACUCAAAGAGUCUGAUUCUAAUCCUGGUGUAGUUAUCAGUGUCCUAAAAGCUGUAGGUAAUUUAGCUGAUGUACAUGGUGACAAUAGCGGGCUGAAAAAAUGUUUGCCAGAACUACUUACCAUUCUUCUUGAACUAUUAUCUGAUGCUACUGCAACGGAAAAAAGGAGCGUAGCUUUAUGGGCUUUUGGCCAAUUGAUUAGCGCUACGGGAUAUGUUGUUACACCUUACACAGAUUAUCCGAAUCUCAUGGAUGUUUUACUUAAUUUCCUAAAGACCGAACAACAACCAAAAGAUAGAAGGGAAACUAUUCGAGUUUUAGGCUUACUAGGAGCUUUAGAUCCAUAUAAACAUAAGAUAACAAGAGGGCUAAUUGGUGAGCAGCCCGAUUCCAGUUUGGUUCCAGUAGCUGAUAGUAAAGCGGAAGAGAAUAAUUUUGACAUGACGACAAGUGAGAUGUUGGUAAAUAUGUCGUCUCCUGUUCUCGACGAAUACUAUCCAGCGAUAGUCAUUUCCACACUUAUGAGAAUAUUACGCGAUCCUACACUUCAACAACAUCACACAAGUGUGGUUCAAGCAGUGACUUUUAUCUUUCAGUCUUUGGGAAUCAAAUGCGUUCCCUAUAUUUCAAGGGUUACCCCUAGCCUCCUAUACGUGGCUAGAGCUACAGACAGCAAUAACUUUAGAGAAUUCCUCUUCACGCAACUAGCUAGAUUGAUUGCCAUAGUCAAACAACACAUUCGCAAUUAUUUGGAUAAGAUUUUUGACUUGAUCAGAGAAUUUUGGACUCCAAAUAGUCCCUUCCAGCCAACACUAAUUUUAUUAGUUGAAUACAUCGCUGUGGCUCUUGGGUCCGAGUUCAAGGUUUAUUUACCCCAACUAAUGCCACAGAUUUUAAGAGUUCUUGCGCAUGAUACCAGCAAAGAUAGAAUGGUCACAGAGAAGUUGUUAUUCGCAUUACAAAAAUUUGAAGAUAAUUUAGAUGACUAUAUGCAUUUAGUGAUACCAUCAAUCGUCAAAUUAUUUGACGCGUCAGAUUGUCCGAUAAAUGUGGCAAAAGUAGCAAUGGAAACAGUAGACUAUCUGUCAGACUCUUUGAAUUAUAGCGAACUGGUAUCCAGAAUAAUUCAUCCUUUGGUUAGAAGUCUGGACACCUGCGCUUCUUUGCGGCUCACUGCUAUGGAUACAUUAUGCGCGUUGAUUGUACAACUCAGUCGAAAAUUCACCGACUUCAUUCCUUUGGUACAAAAAGUGGUUGUGAAGCAUAAAAUACAGCAUCAAAAUUAUGAGUUACUGUUGUCACGCAUGCAAUCAAGUCAAACACUGGCGAUGGACGAAUUUUUGCAAAGUACGAGACGUAGGCCGAAGAAUAAUAACCAAGAGGCUCGUAUUGUGACAUCGUGCGACACUUCUCAGUCGAUACGCAGGUUGUGCGUAAAUGCCCAUAACUUGAAGCUGGCGUGGACCGUGAGCUCUCGAGUAUCAAAGGAUGACUGGCUUGAAUGGCUAAGAAGAUUUAGCAUUGGGCUGCUUACCGAAUCUCAUAGUCCUGCUCUUAGGGCAUGUCUGGCUUUAGCUCACAAUUAUUCACAACUUCUACGAGACUUAUUCAAUGCUGCCUUUGUAUCAUGUUGGACUGAGUUAACUGAACCACCGUGGCAUACAGAACUCGCAAAUGCCUUAGAGCAAGCUUUAACUGCACCUGACGCUCCAGAAUUGGCCCACACAGUUUUAAAUCUUGCUGAAUUUAUGGAGCAUUGUGAAAGCGGCCCUCUACCUAUAUCUACGCAUUUGUUAGGAGAAAGGGCCAUGCACUGCCGAGCGUACGCGAAAGCCUUACAUUACAAGGAGGAAGAGUUCCGGAGUGGUGCUACAUCUCAAGUUGUGGAAGCAUUAAUCCAUAUUAAUAAUAAGCUUCAACAGAAGGAAGCAGCUGAGGGUCUAUUAGAGAGAGUUAUGGCGCAACGCGAAGCUGGUGAUGCAGAUCUUAAAGUGCAAAUCAGAUGGUAUGAAAAACUACACAAUUUUGAGAAAGCCCUUGAUCUUUACGGUGAGAAGUUAUCAGUGGAUUCAAAUGAUAUGGAAGCUUAUCUUGGCGAGUUGCGUUGUUUCGAAGCAUUAGGGGAGUGGGUAGAACUUUACAAUACCGUUUCAAAGAAAUGGGUCAGUAUGACUAACGACGAAAAGUAUAAAGCAGCGAGACUUGCAGCUGCUGCUGCUUGGGGUUUAAACGAGUGGGAGUCAAUGGCAAAGUAUGUCAACUUCUUACCUGAAAACACUCAAGAUGGUGCUUUCUACAGAGCUGUACUCAAUAUUCAUAAUGAGCAAUUCAAUCAAUCAAGGUUUUACAUUGAUCAAGCACGGUCUUUGUUAGAUUCUGAACUUACAGCUGUGGCUGGUGAGAGCUAUCAAAGAGCAUAUGGUGCUUUAGUAAAUGCUCAGCUAUUGGCAGAAUUGGAAGAAGUAAUCACUUAUAAAUCUGUUUUGGAGAGGAGGGAAUCUAUUAGGCAAGCUUGGUGGACGAGACUUCAGGGUGGGCAAAGGUUGGUAGAAGAUUGGCGUAGAAUAUUACAAGUCAGAAGUUUAGUUUUGACACCACAAGAAGACAUGGCCACUUGGCUAAAAUUUGCAUCUCUGUGUCGAAAAAGUGGUGCGCCACGCCAGGCACAUAAAACGUUAGUUAUGUUGCUGGGCACAGAUCCGAGCAAAAAUCGGGAUAUGCCACUGCCUACACACGAGCCAAGGUUGACACUAGCAUAUGCUAAACAUUUGUGGGUAGCUGGUGACAGACAGUUGGCUUAUGACCAGUUGCAAAGAUAUGUAGACAGAACAGAGACAGGUGACGCUGAACAUUGUAGAUUAUUGGCUCGUUGUCACUUGAAAUUGGGAUCAUGGUGUGAGUCUCUACUUGGAAUUAAUGAACGCUCUGUUCUUGAAAUUCUUCGCAAUUACGAAGCUGCUACAGAACUAUCUUCGGAUUGGUACAAAGCAUGGCAUGCAUGGGCUUACAUGAACUUUGAAACAGUUUUGUUCUAUAAACAUCAAGACACAAAUAAUACUAGUGGUGGAUCAGGAGAAAGGCGACCUUCUCCUGAGUGUAUUCAGCAGUAUACAGUCCCUGCAGUUGAAGGAUUUUUUAAGUCUAUAAAACUUUCUCACGGCAGUUCUCUACAAGAUACUUUGAGGUUGUUAACUUUGUGGUUUGAUUAUGGUCAUUACCCCGCCGUUCAUGAAGCGUUAGUCGAAGGUAUCAGAACUAUUGAAAUAAACGUAUGGCUGCAAGUCAUACCUCAACUCAUAGCCAGAAUCGAUACGCCAAGAGCAUUAGUUGGCAAGUUAAUUCAUUCUCUUCUGAUAGAUAUUGGUAAAUCUCACCCUCAAGCUCUAGUGUAUCCAUUAACGGUGGCUUCAAAGUCGUCGUUCAUAGCACGAAAGAAUGCUGCCAAUCAGGUCUUGAAGUCAAUGUGUACCCAUUCAAUUAAUUUGGUGAAUCAAGCUGCUAUGAUUUCGGAAGAGCUUAUUCGAGUGGCCAUAUUAUGGCAUGAACAGUGGCACGAAGCGUUAGAAGAGGCUUCAAGAUUAUAUUUUAGUGAAAAUGACGUGAACGCUAUGUUUAGAACAUUAGAGCCGUUGCACGCAAUGUUAGAGAGAGGUCCUCAGACCAUGAAAGAAGUGUCGUUUAGCCACGCUUAUGGAAGAGAUCUGAAUGAAGCACAGGAUUGGUGCAAUAGAUACAAGACGUCUGGUUUGGUCCGUGACUUAAACCAAGCCUGGGAUCUUUACUACCACGUGUUCCGGCGCAUUAGUCGGCAAUUACCUCAGUUGACAUCUCUUGAGAUUCAGUAUGUGAGCCCAAGGCUCCUGCAUUGUCGAGAUCUCGAGCUUGCCGUUCCUGGGUCAUACGUUCCAGAUCAAGAUCUCAUCAGAAUCGCACACAUACAAAGUAGCUUGCAGGUUAUCACCUCCAAACAACGUCCCCGACGGUUGUCUAUUCGCGGCUCCAAUGGCAAAGACUACAUAUUUCUUCUAAAGGGCCACGAGGAUCUUCGUCAAGACGAACGUGUGAUGCAGCUAUUCGGGCUAGUCAAUACACUUCUACAAGCCGACCCUGACACUUUCCGCAGGGAUUUAGCUAUCCAAAGAUAUGCUGUUAUUCCAUUAUCAACUAAUUCGGGGCUUAUUGGAUGGGUGCCACAUUGUGAUACUCUGCAUUCUCUUAUAAGGGAUUACAGGGAUAAGAGAAAGUGUUUAUUGAAUAUCGAACAUAGAAUCAUGCAGAGAAUGGCGUCAGAUUUGGAUAAAUUGAUGUUAAUGCAAAAGGUGGAAGUUUUUGAGCAUGCAUUGGAACAUACCGCCGGCGACGAUCUCGCGAAAUUGCUCUGGCUAAAGAGUCCGUCUUCAGAAGUUUGGUUCGAACGUCGUACCAACUACACUCGCUCUUUGGCUGUUAUGAGCAUGGUCGGAUACAUCCUCGGCCUCGGAGACAGACAUCCUUCAAACAUCAUGUUAGACAGAGUCACUGGAAAAUUUCUUCAUAUUGACUUUGGUGACUGUUUUGAAGUGGCUGUAACUAGAGAUAAGUUUCCGGAAAAAAUACCCUUCAGGCUAACCCGGAUGCUUAUCAAUGCCAUGGAGGUAACAGGUAUUGAGGGUACAUAUCGUCGUACCUGUGAAUCAGUCAUGGAGGUAUUGCACCGCCAUAAAGACAGCGUAAUGGCUGUGCUUGAAGCUUUCGUGUACGAUCCUUUACUCAACUGGAGGCUCAUCGACGCGGGCAGACGUUCACGAGCGGAUGCCGAAGUGUGCUCGACGUCGGAGCCCGCAACUUCCCCGCAACCAAGUAGAAGCAGAGUUCAUAUAGGAUUAAAUGAUACCUUAGACCCACCAGCGGAGACCAAUCUCAACAAACGGGCUUUAGCCAUCGUGAACAGAGUCCGGGACAAAUUAACCGGUCGUGAUUUCCCCCAUAUAGAUGAGAUAGUAUCGGUACAAAAACAAGUAGAGCUGCUCAUUCAACAGGCAACUAGCAAUGAGAACUUGUGCCAAUGUUAUGUUGGUUGGUGUCCAUUCUGGUAA